AUGGGUAUUUCUUCAUUAUUUGCUCUCCUUGUUCUCACAUUGGAGUUCAUGAGCAUCAAUGCAUCAUCGGCUAAACCAGUCAAAGCAACUUCGCAGGUGCCUGCUGAGGCUCUUUUGUCUUUCCGUCAUUACAUGAAAACUUGCCCACAAGCAGAGGGUAUCAUUCAGCAAAAAGUCGUAGACUGGCUUGAGAAGGAUUUCACUUUGGCUGCUGCCAUAAUCCGCUUGCACUUCCAUGACUGUGUUGUGAGGGGUUGUGAUGCAUCAAUUUUGCUUAACCAUCGGGGGAGCGAGAGGAGAGCUUUCGCAAGCUAUACACUCAGAGGUUUCCAAGUAAUGGAUGAUAUCAAGGCGGAGCUAGAGAGACAGUGCCCUAAAACUGUUUCCUGCGCGGACAUUCUAACUGCUGCAGCGAGAGACGCGACCAUCAUCGCGGGAGGUCCAUUUUGGGAAGUCCCAUUUGGACGUAGAGAUGGAAAGAUUUCGAUUGCCAGAGAAGCAAAUGAGAAGGUUCCUCAGGGCCAUGAGAAUGUCACAGCAUUGAUCCAACUAUUUCACGAAAAAGGCUUGAAUAUGCUAGAUUUGGUUACUUUAUCAGGAGCACAUACAAUUGGUAGAAGUACAUGCUUUGCCUUCAAGCAAAGGCUUGCAAGCUUCAAUGGAACCAGGAAGCCUGACCCUUUACUGAAUUCUAUGUACUUGAACAACUUCUUAAAGAAGAAAUGUCAAAAAGACUCAGACUUGGUUUUUCUUGAUGCCAUAACUCCAAAGACAUUUGACACGCAAUACUACACGAAUCUUCACAAGAAGUUGGGGUUGUUAUCCACGGAUCAGUUGCUCAAGUCAGAUGUGAGAACGGGGCCGUUUGUUGAUGCAUUAGGAUCUCAACCUUCCCUUUUCGAGAGCCAAUUUGCAGCAUCCAUGGUGAAGCUUGGCAAUGUUCAAGUUCUUACAAGACCAAAUGAAGGCGAAAUCCGAGUGAACUGCAAUUUUGUCAAUGCUUGA